AUAAAAAUUAUAUCAUAUUAAAGCUUAGAUCUUCAGCUUUAUCAUGAUUUAAAAAUCAUUUGUGCCCAAACAGAAAUUAAGUGUGAAAACAACAACUUUUGUUGCAUGAAAAAAAAUAUUUUGUUUCAUGUUUUAGAUCAAAAGUUUUUCCUAUAUUACAACAUUCUUUUAAAAAUCCAAACACAUGACCUAAAAGAAUGAUUCUUCUUCUUUACAAAGAUACCAAAAACAUGAAACUUGGUCAAUAUUUAGAGCAGCAAUGGCCGAAUAAAAAGAGGUGUUUUGGUUCGCACCAAGCUCAUUAACUAUGCAAAAACCCUCUUGUCAUGAAUAUCACUUGGAUAAAAGAAGCUACUUUUUCAGGGCUUGCGGACUGACUGAAUACCAAAGUGCAUUUGAUUAUGAGAUCGCGAGGAGUGUUACAUUUUAGUUUGGUUUGCCGAAUGACGGAAAAGUUCAUGGUCGCCGGGAGCUGAGAGUGAAGGAGAAUACUAGCUUUCUAAACCAGAAAGACCGUGUGGUAUUACUUGAAGCCAGGACUCAAACAGAUACUUGGAUUUAUAGCCGGUGAAGAUUAUUUUUAAUGUGAUGUGAUAACUCCCAUGGAUUGACACCUCUCUCUCCUGCCGUCCUGCGUUCUUCCUCCGCUAAGGUCGGAGAUCAACGGCACCUGAAAGGAUGAUUUGAAAUCGACGCCACUCUAGUUAUAAGCACUUUUAUUUUUUAUCUUGAUGAUGAUGUUCAUAAUUAUCGUGCAGUAAAGUAACAUCAUUAAUUAAGCCUACGAAUUUCUCACUACUGAUGAUGGGGCCAGUGAACCGUUGAUUAGAAAAACAAUUUGCUUAAAUCGAUUAACUUGAUAACCAAGACCCAAUUUUGGAUCAAAUCGGACUUUCUCUACCUGCAUAAAAACAUAAACCAGAGUGUAUUAACUUGGUGAAUUGGUUGUUCGAAUGGUAUACGCCUCUUAACACAUUCUGGUGCGCAGAUCUGAUCGAACGGUCAACUUAUUUCAUUCCUUUUCCCCAUUGAAUUUCAAAAUGUAGUGUGGCACAAUCUUUCAUCAAUAAUUGACUGACUCAAUCUGACUUCAUAUUUCAUAAACAUAUCGACAGUGAUGGGAAAUUAACCUUUUGAGGCGACAGGUCAAAUUUUGCAAAGGUAUUGGCUCCGCUUCAAAAUGUUCCAAGCCCGCCUUUAAAUUGAGGAACGUGUCUUUGUUGGGCAAACGUAGAGGGCGCUGGUUUACAUCAUGGUUUCGACGACGUCAACUUCUAAUGCCGUGACGGCAAUGCUGGUUAAUGUGACACCCUCAAGCGAAGAAGGGGGUUACAUCUUCACUGACUACAACCAAAGAAUCGGGGUAGCAAGCUUAACAAUUCUUAUCAGUAUAUUCGGGCUUGUCGGAAACUCUCUUGUUUUAUUCGCUGUAUCACUCUCACGAAAGCUCCAGACCAAGGUCAAUGUAUUCGUGGUGAAUUUGUGUGUUGCCGACAGUAUCAUAUGUUGCGUCUUGCCUUUUAACGUCGUGGCGAUGUUGUCAAGAGAAGGAUGGCCGCUAUCUCCUCAUUUAUGUUCCGCUUCGGCUGGAUUCUUAUGGAUCGCUCUUGGUGCAGGAACCGUCACCCUCGCAUUAAUUGCGUUUAAUAGAUACUAUGUCAUCAAGAAAUAUGACUUUGAUACGGCCUAUACGUCGAAGAAAAUAGCAUUCAUGGUUGUUUUCUCAUGGAUGUAUCCCACCGUCUUGACCUUGAUUGCCACAAACGUCGGGUUGGGAAGACUGGGUUACUCAGAAAAGUACAAAGCAUGUCUGCAGGAUUCGACGCAUCCAUUAUCAGAGUACUUGAGCCUCUUAGCAGGAAUCACCGUCUUUGUACCAAGUCUUGUGGUCAUCAUCUUCUGCUACGUGAUGAUAUUCGUUCACGUCCGUAAGCACCAUCGUCACUUGAUACGUAUCUUUAUCAUCGGUGAUGGCAAUCGGAACGAGAGCUUCCACCAUUCUGAUGUGGAAAAUCCAGUGACGCCGCGAACUCCGGCCCAGCAUACCCACGUACAGUUCCAGUUUCCCCCGGAUUCGCCAAGGGCCACUGAUGAUCCCUCAGAUGUUAGGGAGAAUCUAUCAUCUUCAAGCCCUUCUCCUGAUACCGAUGGCUUGUCUAAUCCCAUAACACCUAUCCCGACGUCACCAUCUAGCCCGAUAGCGAAUGGUACCGUCGUUGAACCUGAGGAUGGAGGUAGGAAUCGCACCAAGUCUGUGUCAGAAGAACUAUCCCUCUCUGUUAGUCGACGCCAAGCGGACAUCACACGCAACGUCUUCUACGUGGUAUGUGCCUUUCUGAUCUGCCUGACACCUUACGGAAUCGCCAUUCUGCUGCCGAACAGUGAACCUGGCAUCCCGUGGGUGAUGCUUCUACUGCAGUUCAAUACGUGUGUCAAUCCGGUGAUAUACGCCCUCAAGCACCCGACCUUUCGGGACGUCAUCCCUCGUAUUCUAAGGUGUGACUUUAACAGUAUCCCAGCCAAGUCAGCAUGGUUGAAGAAACUGCUCGGUCUCAAUUAAAGUGGUUGGUUUUUUUUGUAUCAAAGGACGUUAGAAACUCAUGAUUUUACUCAGGUUAAAUCCCAGACUUUACAAAAAGUUUUAUCCCACAUUCCUGAUGAUGUAACAGAUAAUUUAUUGAAGUCCAUUUUGAAUAAUGUAUAGUCAUAUUAUACGUAUUUAUUAAUUUCAUAACAAUUUUUGCAUGUUUUUGCAUUUUUCACUACAUGAUCAAUAUAAUUUCAACCCGGUGUAUGACUUUGCAGCUGGCAUUUCAUUUAUGUUUGAUCUUUAGUCAUCCGAAGAUUAUCCAUUUGUAAGUGAAUACUGAGAGUUUAUGUGUUUUUUUAAUAUACGUUUUAAGAAAAGGAUAAAUGGGGAGAGAAAAAAAAUAUGUAACGAUAAAUACCUAGUAUCCUAUUGUAAUCUAAAACACAAGAAUCGAACUCUCAAAAUUUGCGAUACACCCUCUUCCUCAAUAUAGGAAUUGGCCCCCGCCCUUGUUUGCAGACCAAGCCAUGAUGUCGAAAAUGAUGGCAAAAUCCUACGUCACCCAUUUCAGAAAUCUUCCCAAGGAUACUCUAGAGGACGGGGAGGGGAUAAACGCGUUAAAAUGAUAUAUAUAUAUAUUUUUUUUUUUGGGGGGGGGGGUAUAUUGUAAUGGAAUUUAAUUUUGAAUGAUACUGUACAAAGUAAAAUAUUAAAGGCAUUCGUAUAUCUAACGUAACGCCUUGCAUAAAACUAUUCUUGCCGUCAUGAAAUUUAUUGUGAAAAUUAAUCUUCCAAGACAUUGACUGUAUAUUAAUUGUAUUCGACUAACAGUAUGUAAAUUAUUAACAGUAUUUUACGAAUUCUUUUGUAGUGCAUCAGUUAAUGUUUAGCAGUUAUAUACCAAGACAGCUAUGGUAUGUAUUCAUUCUGUAAUGUUAAGUUGUAUUGUGUCAUCUACAUGUAUAUCUUUCUUUUGUAAUUACAGUAUACAUUCAGAGAAGUAUUGUUUAUCCUUUUUCUUUGACGCUCGGUAGUCUGUAGGCUUUCUUCUUUUAAAAUAUAUAUUUACCAUGCCUAUCUACACUACAAUGCGUUCCGGAUUAUCAUAUCAAUAAUGGCCGGAUUCCAUAAAACAUUAUUUUCCCUUUCAAGUGAUAGGUCUGCAACCAUUUGUAAAGACAUACUUUGUUAUAAUGAUCUGGCAAAAAUAGUGAAAAUAAAGAUACAAAGAGACGUUUGUUCAUAGCGUCAAUAUCAGAUUUUCUUUCAGUUUAAUGGACUAGACUGGUUCUUUGUCAAAGAUUAAUUAGGUAUAAAUAUUUGUGGUUUGCUCUUGCACAGAGAGAUACAGAGCAUUAGACCAAAUAUGUUAAGAAAUAGGUUUCUGGGACCAGUUGCACACGGCUCUCGUUUACCUAAAAAUCAAAUGUAAGCCCUCAAUGGGCCGUUCUGAUUGGUUGAACAUUCCUUUCGUCGAUUCAUGUAACUGGCCCUAUAUAGAUUUUUACAUAACAUACGCCUAGUGUGAAUUUAACACAGAUUGCUAUGCACUUGACGUCGUAAAAAUAUACUGAUACACAUUGCCGCGAAGAGCAAAAUAAAUUACAUUUUAUAAUUUGGGCAGACAUAAAUGAAGUUGGUUUGAAAUCACUACGAUGAAAUCAUUAUUUAUUAAGGGAGUUGAGAAUCAUUUAAAACAUGCAUGGGUUUCUCAUUUUCAUCGGAAGUACAUGUACUUUUUAAUCAUGAUUAUGUUUUAUGUGUAUUCUCAAAAUAAAUCAAUUUGCCAGGUUAAAAGGCGAAAAUAAACACAAUGCCAAUAUACAGGUA